CCCCAGCUUAUAGGCACCUAUCGACCACAAUUAUCGCUCGCGCGAACUCCGCGAACCCUGCACCUUGCCUUUUUUCAACCAAAAUGGCGCAAGCCAUAACCAACCUUCGAGCUGUGUCAGCCGGCACGUGUAGCGGGGCGAACCACAGCCAGCUCCCACCACCACCUGCAGCCUGGUUGCCCGCCUGCCUCGCCCACCCGCCCCUCCUCGCCUCCUCCCCCUGCCCAGUGCCUCGCUUCGCGCCACACCCCCAGUCCCCGGCCCUCGCCCCACGGUCGCAGCGGCUCGUGUGCAGUGCCGCGCCGCGGCCGUGGCGCCCCAGCAUCGACGACAUUGACAGCAUCUCCUGGGGUGGCCGGGCCAAGGUGCGCGGCACGGGCAGCCGCAAGAUCCCCCACCGCCUCAACGCCGAGGAGCGCGGCCUGUACGACAUGGCGAAGAAGAAGGGCUACGUUGCCGUACGCGGUACGGCGUACCGCAAGGAGCGGCACGGCAACCCGCUGCCCAACGUCUACCGCCAGUGGUGCGACGCCAAGGCCCAGCUGUGUGUGGUGGUGGAGCAGGACCGCACCGGCUCCGCCCCGGGGGGCGACCAGGUGGUGGUGGACCUGGCGCCGCUGAGGAGGGAGGCCACGGAGCAGGUGGAGGCGGCGCUGGCGGCCCUGGCAGCGGAGUGCGGGCUGCGGCGCGUGCCGUACCAGGAGCGGCCCCUUGACGCACUGCCCUGGAACAUCCUGGCGGACUGGGUGGAGGGCGAGGAAGACGAGGAAGAGGAGGGCGAGAAGGUGGAGGAGGUGGAGGCGUCGGCGCCUGCGGCGCAGGAGCAGCGGCGGCGGCAGCAGCAGGAGCCGAUGUCGGCGGCUGAGCUGGAGGCGGUGCGGGCGGCGGUGGCGGCGCAGGCGGCGGCGGUGCGGCAACUCAAGGACUCGGGGCUGGGCAACAAGGCGCCGGAGGUGGUGGCGGCGGUGGAGCAGCUGAUGCAGCUCAAGGCUGAGCUUCAACAAGCGGAGGCUGCGGUUGCGGCCGCAGACGCCUCGCCGGCCCCUGUGUCCGCAGCAGUCGACACACACCCUCUAGCUGAUACUGCGCCCACCUCCCCAUCCUCCUCCUCUUCAUCCUCGCCCUCGGCCCCAUCCCCAUCCCCAUCGGCGCCAGCCGCCUCUGCUCCAGAGGCACCCGCCGCCUCUGCCACCACUGCUACAGCCGUCGCUGGCGGCGACGGCCCCAGCGACGACGGGGACGCAGCUGUGCUACUGCCGGCGCCGCGCCGCUCGCCCGUUGAGCACUACUACAGCCUGCCCAUCUGGCGCAUCCACGCAGUACCGCUGUUCUACCAAGGGGAGCGAGCCGCCGCCAAGGCGUUUGCGGCGGCAGCGGUUAAAACCGCGGCGGCGGCGCUGGGGUCAGCGGCGGCGGGCGGCGGCGGCGGUGGUAAAGGGGCGGGCGCGCCGCGCGCGGUGAAGCGCACUGACGCGAAGGAGGUCCUCAAGCAGUCGCGCAAGGCUCCCAUCUACCGGUGAAGAACGACUGGGGGAUGGUUGCGGGCGGAGGAGUUUCGCGCCUGGUUUUGGACGGGUGUUGGGGGUGGUGGCGACUACUGGUGGUGGCGGCGGCACGGUGUCACUGCCUAGACCGGUGGGUUCGUUGUUUGUUGGUGCGAGGCGUGUACAUUGGCGCAUCAUGCAUGUAGUAGGGACGGGCAUGCGCGUACGUCGUAGGACUGUGGAUAUGACACGCCGGUGCCGGCAUGGAUCCGCACACUGGGAUGUGUCGUUGGCGACUUGGCGUCCCCGCAGGCCCUGAGGGACUGAGAGCGGACUGAGGGAGGUGUGGCACUUGCGGUGGGGCCGGCUGGGACCAGACCGCGCCGGGAGGGAGGAGGGAGGGCCGGUGGGUGCCGGUGGGUGCCGGUGGCAUCGCCCCUACUGCAUAGCCGCCGGCAGGGUGAGGGUCGAGUCCCGUGGAUGUGCGGUGGGACGGUGCAAAGGCAGGUUGGUGAAGUCCCGUAGGGUGCAGCUGGUGCCCAGACCCCCCGAGUCCCGUCGUGUCCCGUGGGUGCGUGGUGAGGUGGUGAUGGGUGGGCAUGAGGCGGUGUGACCGUGUGAGAGGUACCCUGGACCACUGCUGGACGGGGCACGGCAAGCUUGGCUCCGAGGAGUGACGGGCUGGGCGUGUGCGAUGGUGUGCAAAGAGUGGAAGAGGAGAGUCAUGCGUUGAUUGGCGAGGGGCGCACAGGCAGGUACUGUCAUGAUAGCAGAGCGUGUACGUCAGCGGACGCGACGCGGGCGGCACGGGGGCAGGCGAGGGGGGCGGUGAGGUUGAGGCACGCUGCCGUGACUACACGCCCAUGCAAGGCUCUCGUCACUGGACCCGGCAAGCUGUUAUUAUACUACCACAUG